ACCCAGAGAGAGCGUUGUGUCUGUCUGGAAGCAUCCUGUUGUGAUGGAGCGGCUGAGAGCCCUUCGAGGUCUCUUUGCCUGUGUGGGCUGCAUGCCCAGACGCACACGUCGCGGGGAGAGAGGCAGGGUGGAAAGCCCUGUCCCCACCUGUGCCGUGACUUUACUGCUGCAGCGCCUGCAAGACCAGGAGGGUGACCGAGAGCAGGCGUACUGCGAGCUGGAGCACGUCCUGGGGGAAGAGGACAGCCGCCCGCCGUGCGGAGUGGUGAACCGGCUGCUGGCUGAGGUGUCCCAGGACCUGACAGCAGCCCAGGGCGUGACGGACAGCGUGAGGACGGCUGCCAGCAAUGUCCUGGUGGCUCUGGCCCGGACUCACUUCUCCAUGGUGAUGGCCGAGCUCCAGGGCCACCUGAAGGCCACACGGGAGAUGUGCAAGGAGUUUGUGCUCGUCACCUUGAGCAAACUCUUCGGCAUCUAUGCUCCACAGUGCAUCUCUUUUGUGUGGCUGACGCUGGCCGGCCUGUGCAGUGUGGUGGGCCGGGUGAGGAGCGGCCGGACCCUGCGCACUGCUUGUGCUGGUGAGUGCCGGCCCCAAGGCAGGGGGGCUGGGGACAGCCCUUGCACCUCACCCUGCUGCAGACUCUCACAGGCUGCCUUUUCUCUUCUUUUGUUUUGUUGCAUUGUUGUUGUUGUUGUUUUCUGUAUAAUUACUUGUUUGUUUGUUUGUUUGUUUUCAGUUGUGAAACAAUGGAUGGAUGGCGUCAAGAUUCACUUGUCCUCUGGAAAGCACAGCCCCUGGCCUGCCACAGAGAAAGAACAAAUGUAUGAGAAUCUUCAUGAGCUCUUCUUCUUUGUGGUCAGCAACUGGCAGGACUGCAAGGAGGAAGAGGACAGACAGGCCGUUCUCGGGGCUGUGGCUGCCAUGAUGACUGUCCUCCUGCAAGAGGAGCUGCCCCGAGAGCACGUCUGGGAGCGGCUCCUCUGGCUCGUGCACCCGUGUCAGGAGAUGCAAGACACCUGCAGGGUGGCCAAGAGCCUUCGUAUGUUCCUGGAGGCCUUACCGGGAGUUCAGUCUGUCAUCCCUAAGGACAAGUUUCUGGCCGUCACCAGUGCCGUGUUCUAUCAGCUCUCUGAUGACGCCAAGCAGCACAGCGAGGCUGACAGAGCAGAGCUGACCCGCUGCAUCCUGCUGCAGGCCCGAAUCUGCCCAGAGGAAACGGUCCUGUUUCUGCAGUCGCAGCUGGGCGAUGAGUGGGAGGCUGGAUGCGUGGCAGCCCUGGGUCUGCUCGGCGCUCUGGCUCGCUCUGAUGAGCCUGCGAUGACAGAGAAGCUGCCGCAGAUUACAGAGGCUGUGCAGCGUGUGUGCAGUGACCCCAGGACCCGGGUGAGGAGGGCCGUGCUGCACUUCAUUGAGGAUCUGCUCAGCGCUAACGCCUGGAGCUGCUCAGCCUGGGAUGUGGUGGGGCACAUCUUCAGGGAGUUCAGCCGCACCACGGGAAGAAGGGCAGCCGGAGACCUUUCCACCCAGGAAGCCCAGGAAGAGGGAGCUCUCCAAGAGCUGUGCAUCAACAUCCUGGGGUCACUGGAUGUCUCUGCGAGAGGGAUCUCCAAACUCCUGUGGCCGCGGCUGCUGCUGUACGUGGUGCCAGCCCAGUACACCGGCAUGCUGAUCCCGGUCUCCCGCUGCGUCCAAGCCCUGGCCAAGAGAGGGGAGCUGACGGUGCGGGACAUGGAAGAUCUGGAUCCCCACUUCCUCAGCUCCAUGUUUCAAGGCCCACUGCUGACUCCCCAGACACUGCUGGCACGUCUGCUGGUGGUGGCAGGGAGCCCUUUUGCAGGCAGCGAACUCCAAGCCGCUGCCUUGCUGCUCCUGCAAAACCUCCACAGCAAGAUCCACAGAGCUGUGGGGGCCAAGUGGGCUGCUGAGAUCCCCCUGCUGCUGCAGCGCCUUGAAGGGAAAGAUGAGAGCUUCCCGAACUCUGAAGACUGGGAGCACCGUCUGCUAAAGUUCCUGAGGGCAUCGCUGGACGUCGUGGAGGACGAGGCCUGGACCAAGGCCCUGAGCUGCGAGCUGAGCCGGCGGCUGAGCAGCUCUGCCAGCAGCUCUGCAGAAAAGACCUUCCUGUACAAGGCUCUGGGUGCCGUUCUGGGAGCUUGUAAGGAAGUCCUCCAUGUCCAGGAGAAGCUGCUGCAGCACCUGGAGGAAUCCAAUGCAGAGGAGCCAUCUGAGGCCCAGGGAAUGAUCUCUCUUGUCAGCCUUGCUGCUGACAGCAACUUCCACACAGUCCUGGACACACUCACCAUGUUUGCGUCCAGGCUGUGCAAAGGCCGGAAUGGGAGGAUCUCCAGACGCAAGAAGACGGAGCUGGACAGCGCGAGAGCUCAGGCUACACGCAGCGCUCUCAUCCUCGCCCAUGGCAGCUUGGCACUGCGAGCCUCCAAGGAGCAGCUGCUCGCCCGCCUGGAGGGAGACAUUGUGGGCAACAUCCUGCUGCUGUACAGCUGCAGCUGCCAGGACUUGCAGAACAAGCUCGCGCUGGUGCAGAGCAUCACUGACUUCAGCUCUGCUGUCCAUGCUGUGGGUGGCUCCGCCUUCUUUAACCCCUCCUUGAAGAGCAAGCUGCUGGAGAUCCUGAUGGACUUGCUGAAGAAGUAUUACUUGGGCACCCCUGUCUCCCCAGUGCCCCUCAAGGUGAUUCUGGCCCUGGAGCAGUUGAGCAAGCUGAAGCCCUCUUUAGGAAGCAAGGAUGCACGUGAAAUGUUGGCUCUGUGCUGCAAGAACAUUGUGUCACACCCUUCAGCAGAGAUGAUGCUGAAGAUCAAGAAGUCACGGCAAGCAGCACAGUACCUGCAGCUUCUGCAGACAUCGUUGAAAGCUCUGGGCCGGCUCAUGGUGGUCCUGCUUGAGACAGAGACCACCCGGGGAUUCUUCCAGAACAUAGUCCAGAGAUCACUGACCUCAAACAACAUGUGGGAGCGUAACAGGGCCCUGCAGACCUGCUCCCAGCUGCUGGCUGCUUGUGAAGAGCUUCCGAGAGGAGAUGCCUGUGAGUCCUUUGGCUCCUUGGUGGGAUUGCUGGCUCCGCUGACAUGUGACCCCAUGCCCACAUCCCGCCAGUUGGCCGCCACCUGCCUGAGCUCCCUUCUGCAAAUCCAAGCCAAGGCGGCCAACAGAGUCAUGGAUUCAGGAGACGCUGGGAGCCUGUGUGAGGGGCUGAAUGACUGCAGCACCAUCGCUCAGUUCCAGACCUCAUCCAAACUGGCAAGGAUGGUGUGCAGAAACUUCCCCCUGGAACGCACCGUUGACUUCCUGAUGGCCAUCAAGGAGACCUUGCGGAAAGCCAGGGGAAUGCGCGUGCGUGCAGCUGGGAAGUGGAUGAUCACCUUUCUGCAGAUGUACGGGAAGGACAUCUGUCGGGACGUGCUACCAAUCCUCCACAUCCUGCGCAGCUGCACAUCAUCCGCGCAGCAGAGCACGUUCAUGCCCUUCCUGUGCCAGGCGGUGGUCAUCCUCACCCGCUGCCACAAAGAGGUCAUGAUUGACAACUUCUCCCGGCUGCUUGGGCCCACAGACAGUGAGAUGUGGAGGAGAAUAAGAGAGUUUUGUCUGCAACGGUGGAGCCGAUAGAAGAGCGAAGCGAAAAGAGAAAAGGAAGAGAAGAG